CCAGAUCGAGUUUACAGCUAUCCGUCAAUUAUGUUGGAAGAAAUUGUGGGAAUCGUUUUGCCAGUGUUUUCGCUUUUCCUAAACGAAGCGCCGCGUUUGUCAUUCCGAGAACAACCUCGUUCGACGGGCGACGACUCAAGUGAAGGCAGUGUUAUAGUCGAAGAUAAAUGGCCGCCAUAUAUCAACAAAGAAUACGAGGACCUCAAUAAUGACGACGAAUUAACUUUGCCAUUGCUCGAAUCAACUAGUGAAAGAUCAACAGACUAUCACAGGCUUGGUGAUGUCUCAUCUGAGCUUGUGAGUUAUCGUGAGUCCAUUUGGAAAAGCCUUUGGACAAGUCUAAGUAUAACCAUCGCUAUUAUGCCCAUAACAGCUUUCAUGAUGGCGUUUAUAUAUUUGGAUUUGAAGACAACUGAUCUUUGCAUAGAAUGGGAAUAUCACAGCCACAGUUUGCUGUUGUCUGUAAAACGACUUCGAGUGAUUGGCGACAGUGUGGAAGCAAUAAUAAUAAACCUUUGGUUUCCCCUGACAACUGCAGUGCUGUUCAGCUGGAAAGUUUUUAAAAUGAAAUACUUUUCUACUUUUUAUGUUGGUCUCAUUUUUGGAUUAACGGCAGUUAUCUAUUACCUAUUGCUACUGGUAUUUGGAGCCUAUGGUACACAUAUGUAUUAUAGAUAUCCUUUAAAUGUUCUUUUCUUUACCGGAAUAAUCACUGGCAGUGUUGUCGUAUUACGCAAUAUUCGAGCCAGCGAACCGACUGUGUCUUAUUCUAACUUUCAUAUAUUCGCUCUGGUUUCGUCAGAAUUACUCGUGUGUACUGUACUAACAUUUGUUUACAGAUACGGUACAAUUCCUUUCUUUAUAAGUGUGAAAGAAGAGCAAUAUAAGUUUCUGGUUGCUGCUAUGGCUCCUGCGUUGGCUAUUAUUCCUGCAGCAAUCCUGAAGCACAGUGCGUUGAUGCGAAGUUCCGGGGUAGUGCAUCCCGGUCGGAGUUUUGUUCUAGUGUACUGUAUUCGAGGUGGAGUGAUUUACGUAUACAGAACCAUGCAAGCGGACUUCACAAACAUUUGGCUGUUCGUUGGACUUUCAUUGUUUUCCGGUGUUUUGAAUUUUUUGAAGAAAGCAACCUAUCGCGUAAGAAUGAGAUUGUGGAGUUACAUCAUCUCACGGUUGAAGCGAACUGUUUGCUGUCAAAGACUUAACGAAAUGCCUCGUGACACACCACACUACAGAAGAUUAAGAGCGGAUUUAGAAAUUCAAGACAUGCUUUUUGAGUACAUUACACUAGUUCUAAGUCAAGGAACCUUGGUCUUGUACAUUAGAGAAAGUUUUAAACUUUCUGUUUCAUCCAUCAUUUACGAGUCUUUGAGGAACGUUGCUAUUGGCAUUGGAAUCGACUUCUUUUUCAAUGUUUUAUCCAAUUUUGUUCAAAUCCAUUACUACAACAUUCCAAUUUGUCGCGUGUGGUCAAAGUACUGGAAACGACAUAUGUUAGCUAACCUCAUCGUUGUCAUGGUGAUGGUGUCGUACUUUAGCCCAGUCCUUCUCUCGGUUUUUCAAGGGCGAAACAAUCAGACUAAUGCAAGGAAUAUAACGUACAUAGUCAGAAACUGCACGUUAUUUUAGGCUCUCGCCACAUUGUAACAAGGGUAAGAGCACAUUGAAAACUUCAUUUGUAUUGUAUCAUACUGCCAGAACUGAAAAUGAGACUAUUAUGAGCAGUAGCGUAGCCAGC